AGUCUCCACGGCUCUCCGCCGCCGCGGCCCUUGAAGCUCGGAGCCGGGUUGGGGGCGGGCCUUCCGGCAAAGGGGCGCGCGGGAGAGGAAGGUCACAGUUUGGGGCUCUGGCUCCUUGCUGCUCCAGAAAUGUCUUCACUCUCAGAAUAUGCCUUGCGCAUGACUCGUCUGAGUGCCCGGCUGUUUGGUGAGGUCGCCAGGCCUACUGACUCCAAAUCCAUGAAAGUGGUGAAACUGUUUAGUGAGCAGCCUCUGGCCAAGAGGAAGGAGACUUACGACUGGUAUCCAGAUCACAACACUUAUUUUGCGCUCAUGGGGACACUGCGUUUUCUUGGCCUCUACAGAGAUGAGCAUCAGGACUUCAAGGACGAGCAGAUGCGCCUGAAGAAGCUUCGUGGAAAAGGGAAGCCAAGGAAGGGAGAAGGGAAAAGAGCAACAAAAAAGAAAUAGUGUUGGCCCAUCAGGAGAGAAAACUUCUUCCUCGGUGACUGAGAGAGGAAAGUGUAUUUGUGAUCUUUCCACAUGUUGGGGUGUAGGCCUCCUGUACUGAAGAUUUUUUGGCGGAAAACAAUCACCUCCAUGUUGAAGUCUGAUCCAGUUAAAGUGUGACUGGUUUGUUGAACAUGUUCUAGUUCUGCAAAAUUAUUUUGGUCUCGGUUUUAUGAUCUGAGAGGUUUAUCUCAUUCGCCAAAGAAAUGAAUGCAUAAAUUAUUGUUGAAGGGUUUGUUUGGGGAGAGAGUGGGUGCUGGGGAAUAGAAGGGAAACUCAUUACAUAAGCACCCCCUAGUCUCAUUACCCCCUCUUGCUUCCCCACCUCGCUACCCCAAAAGCCUUUCAUCUCUCUGGCUGUUCAGCCACUGUCUCCACCACCAAGCUCAGAAGCUCUAUGUGCCUCUCCACCUACUCCUUUGAGAAUAUCUGAUAAUAUGGAUUUGGGGGUAAGAAGCCGUACCUGGUAAAGUAUUGAGUGCCUACUGCUUGCAAGGUACUAGGGCCCUGGUAAUCCAGUGAUUAGCAAGAGAAACUGUCCCUACCUGGUAGAACUUUCAGUCCUGUGAGAGAGACUAUUAUUAUUUAAUUACAUAAAUACAGUUGUAUUAAAUGCUACAAAGGAAAGAUCCAGACUUCUAUGGAGGGUGCAAGGACUGAUGGAUUGAUACCGAGAGACCAGCAGAAUGCCCAAACCUCAGUAGGGACUUUGAAGAAGGCCUCCCUAAGGAAAUGAUAUUUAAGCUGGCUCUAAAGGAUGAAUAAGAGUGAGGCAGAAGAAAAAUGGGAAAAGUGUUUGAGGCACAGAGAACACCUAAGAACUUGUCCUGUUCAAGGAAUUGAAAAGAGAUCACUAACUAGUACUGCUUGGUCAUAAGGAAAUAGAAAGACAAGACCAUGAAGGGCUCAGACUUAAGCAGUUUAACCAGAAGUUAACGGGUGUGAGAUACUAUAUCUGUGAGAUGACUCUUGUAUACGUUUGAGUAGCAGCUGCUCAUUUUAUUCUAAGCAAUCAGCUUCCAGUGAGGUUGCGAGGGCUUCUCUGAUUUUUUUUUUCCAAGAGUUGUUCUGUCUAGUAAAUUUUUUAAGUACUUUUUUCUUUUUUAUUGUAAAAAACAAAAUUUAUCAUCUUAAUCAUUUUUAAGGUGGCAAAGUCACUAGGCAUCUGAAAAUCAAAAACGGCUAUAGCACAUUAGGGUUUAAGUAAAGGGAAAGACGAUUAACUCACAAAUUUGAUUUAUAUACAAUCUUUUAGAAAUACAUCUAUUAAUGUAAAACUUGAGGUUUUUCCAUUGUUUUUUUCUUUAGACCUCUUCCCUUUGCUUAGUCUCUGCUUUUAGCUCUUGGGAGACUAGUGGGAGUAAAAACACAAAUUUCUUUCCCAGCGGCACAAGACGUACACACUUGUCAAUCAGUGUGACUCCAUUAAGGCAGUACCACUCAGAGGAUGGGUUCAGCCCACCAGCACCAGAAUCAUCCCCAGGGCUCCUCUGAGUCAGCAGACUGGGAUGCUGCCCAGGUACCACCAUCUCCAACAAACGCUCCCAGGUGAUUAACAUGUACUCUAAAGCAUGAGAAUCACUGUCUUAGGAAUUCUGAUGGAACCAAAAUUGAAAGAGAUAAACCCUGGUUCCAAGAUACUUAGUGGGCCACAAGAUGCAGGCAUCCAAAUGACCUUGUGACCUUGUGCUUGGGAAUGUAUCAAAGAUGUCUGGAAUUAGCUUUAAAUUGUGAUGUCUUCAUCACCAAUCUCCUUCAGCCUCCUAGUCUAUAAUUCUCUCCAAUAAGCUCACAUGUCUUUCUGAUUUUAUUCUUAGUGAGUCCUUGGCAUUAAUAAUUGCUUAUCGUUCUAGUAUGACCUAGUAUGAUCUCGUCUCUGCAGAGGUCUUUGUGGGGGCAUGUUCAAGGACACAGAGGUAGUAAGGAUGUCCCACUCCCACAUGGCUAAAUUCCAGUCAUGUGGUCUGCUCCAAACCAUCUGUGCAGGUUGUAAACUUCAUCACAGGAAGGCAUGACCAGUUAUUCUUGUGAAAAUAAUUGCUUGAUCUUUCCUCCCCCUUCAUUAGCCUUAUGAAGUCUCCCCACUGCAUUUCACAACCAGCAUUAAUAGCAGGGAAGAUGAAAGUGAAGAAAAGCUCAGUGAUCUCAUUUGGAGUUCACAGUCUGUCUUUAGCACAACGGGUGGGCCCCUCCAGGAUUGUUUGCCAUAUUGCCAAACCACUCUGGUGCCAGCUCCCCGAGGACGGCAGGGCGACUGGGUGAUGUAUAGAAAAUAGGAAUAAAAAUCAGUCUAGAUUAUCUGUUCAACUAUGACCACCCCAAAACAUGGUUUAUUGUCCAACGUCCUGCAAAGGACAACUAUUAUUUCCAUAAUUUAAAAAACGUUAUUUUUUUAGAAAAAACAUUGUCACGAAUUCAAAACACCAUCCCAACUGAUAACAGCUAUUUCUCACCAAAAAUCAAACACCGGAGAAAGCAUCAUGAAAAUAACUCAAAAUGGCAAUCUGGGUUAUGUUUUUCUAAUUGUUAGUAUUCUGUAGGAACCCCAGGCAAUUUUAAACUUGUGCUAGUUCCCAUGUCACCUGAGUUACCUUCCAUCUAAGCUGGUUCAGGUACAAUUCUGAAUCUGUUUCUGAAAUGACACGGUCAUAAAAGGAGGCUUCUAACACUUUUUAUUACCCUGCUCGUGGCAAAAGACAAAUUUGUGCUCUCCAUCUUGCUCCUGGGUUGCGCCAACUACCAGGCCCAGCUGAAGUAGACAAUAAUUUACAGUGUUAGAGCCUUUUAACUCAAAGUUUGGUGUAUGGAACCCCUGAAAGCUUGUUAGAAAUAUAGAAUGGCAGGCCCACCCCAGACCUUCUGAAUCUGAAUCUGCUUGUUAACAGGAUCCCCAGUUGGUUUGUAUGUACAUGUAUGUACAUGGGGAAAGCACUGGCUUAGAUUUGUAUUAACCUUCAGAGGUCACAGGUGUGCCUUUCCACCUUUACUCAUGCAAUUCAUUAUUCUCUGUCUGAAAAUGCCUUCCAAACUAGCUCAUCAACCUGGCAAACUCCUAUUCAUCCUUCGAGGCCCAGCCCAAAGAUCACACCCCCAUUUAAACCUUGCUGAUGCCCUGAAUCAAAACUAAUCAUUCCCUCUUCUGUGUUCCCGUGAUACUUUACAUCUAUAUUCAGUAUAUACCAAUAUUAUAGAGUCUUCAUACCAUAUUAUAUGUUCGCAUGUCUGUGUCCCUGACAAGAAUAUGAAUUAUUGAAGGGCAAAGAGAAUGCCUUAUUCAUCUGUGUUUCUCUGUGCCCAGCCCAGGAUUUGGAAAAAGGCUCAAUAAAUGUUACAUGAAAACAA